AUGACACCAUCUGCCAAGGCUGACAAGGUGGACUUAUUGGGGCGGGGGCGGACCCAGCGCGGCGGCGAUGCCCCCUUCGGCUUCAGCGGCCUCAGCGGCGACCUGGACCUCAGCCACAUCGCCAGGAUCGCGUCGAAGAAGCCCCCGCCGGGACCGGUGCCGCCGGAGACGCACCUCACGGGGCCUAACCUGAUCCUGCACUUCGGCUACCCGGCGGAGACCCACAAGGUCCUGACGGAGGACGGCUACUACGUGACCAUCUUCCGCAUCCCCUGGAGCCCCAAGCUGGGCCCCGCCAACGAGUCGCGGCCCGUGGUCUUCCUGCAGCACGGCGUGCUGCAGACGGCCGACCAGUGGCUGUUCCGCGGCCCGGGCAGGGACCUCCCGUUCCUGCUGUCCGACCUGGGCUUCGACGUGUGGAUGGGCAACUACCGGGGCUCCACGUACAGUCGCAAGCACGCCUACUUGUCGCCGAAGAAGCUCCGCUUCUGGGACUUCACCUGGAACGAGAACGGGUUGUUCGACCUGCCCGCCAUGCUGGACUACGUGGGCGCGGUGACGGGGCAGCCCAGCAUGUUCUACAUCGGCCACUCCAUGGGCACCACGACGCUGCUGGCGCUGCUGGCCGAGCGGCCCGAGUACAACCGCCGCAUCCGGGGCGCCUUCCUGCUGGCGCCCGUCGCCUACUUCCAGCACACCUGGGGGCCCCUGGCGCAGGCCCGCUCCAUCGCCCCGCUGCUCACGAGCCAGCCGAACAACCGGCUGAUCGGGGAGGCGCUGCCCCGCGGCGCCGGCAACAUGUGCGUGGGGGCGGUGCCGCUGUGCGCGCUGGUGCACAACCUCGGCUCCGGCUCCAGCCCCGGGGAGUACAACGCGACCGUGUUCAAAAUCCUGUUCGGCCACUACCCGUCGGGGGCGUCGUUCGGGCAGCUGCUCCACUACGUCCAGAUCCUCGUCUCCGGCGAGUUCAAGAUGUUCGACUACGGCCCGCGCGAGAACCUCGCCCGGUACGGCCAGACGACGCCGCCGUUCUACGCGCUCUCCAACGUGCGUGCCCCGAUCUACCUCAACUACGCGGAGGGCGACCCCCUCUCGCCGCCCAAGGACGUCCUGAGACUAGCCAAAGAAGUGCCCGGAGUAAGGAAGCUGAUGAAGGUGCCGCUCAAGGACUUCGGCCACGUCGACCACCUGUACGCGACGCACUCCUACGAAUUAGAGUACAAAGGAAUCAUAGAUAUAAUGUUAGUGAUGCCGCCGGCGGCCGACCUCACGAGCGGCGACGGCAACGCGGUCUCGGGACCGGGAUGCGAGCCAGAGGGUGAACUGCAGGCCUCGGAAGUGAAAAGGUGGGUCGGUUGA